CGGUACACUCAGCUAGUCUGACACUCUCCUGCACUCUGCAACUUUCCCGUGCUGGAGCAGGCUGGAAUGACAUAGGGGGGAGAGAAGUAUGUCGCGAUAAAGAGCAGAAAUGUACACGGCUGGCUACAGAGGGAAGGAGAGCAUACUCAUCUAAGGAAUUGCACAUGGGCAUAAUGUACCCCCAAUUGCUACAGCUACUCUUCAUCGCCCCCCUGUGCUUCCCCCUGGAGACUGAGACUCCCACAGCUGGCUGCACCUUUGAAACCCAUAGCGACAUUGGUCCCUGCGAAGUGACACAAGGCACAGAAGAUGAUUUUGAUUGGCGCAGAGUGCAGGAUCCUCAUGGGAACCCUGAUUUACCUCAAGGUUCUUACCUCUUGGUUAACUCGUCUGAACAUGCUGCAGGGAAACGGGCUCAGCUCUUCUUUCAAGCUCUAAGUGAAAAUGACACCCACUGCCUGCAGUUCAGCUAUAUUCUUCAUAGCAGAGACGCCAGGGGUCCUGGCUCAUUGCGAGCCUAUGUGCGAGUGAAUGGAGGUCCCCUGGGCACAGCUGUUUGGGAAGUUUCAGGGCCACGUGGAAAGCAAUGGCAACAAUCAGAGCUUGCUGUGAGCACUUUCUGGCCCAGUGAAUACCAGGUUUUGUUUGAAGCAGAGGUGUCUGGAACUCCUCAAGGAUUCAUUGCAUUGGAUGAUAUUCUACUGCUAAGUUACCCCUGUGCCCAGGCCCCACACUUCUCUCGUCUGGGUGAGCUGGAAGUGAAUGCUGGGCAGAAUGCCACAUUCCAGUGUCCUGCUGCUGGCCGGGCAAACGAUGGAGAAACUUUCUUACUGCAGAGGCAAAAUGGAGGCAUUAUCUCAACAGGGGUAAUACAGCACAUCAGCCACUGGCGACUGCUGGCCUCCUUCCAGCUCUUUGAAGCUGGGCGUGAGGAUCAGGACCUGUACCGCUGUGUGAGCCGCUCCAUUUAUGGGGCUGGAGUGUCUAACUUUGCUGAGCUCGUAGUGAAAGAGCCGCCCACCCCUAUUGCUCCGCCGCAACUUUUAAGAGCCGGUCCCACCUAUCUGAUUGUACAACUUAACACUCGCUCUAUCACGGGUGAUGGGCCCAUUGUGCGCAGGGAGAUCGAGUACCGCGUGAGUGGAGGAAGUUGGCGGGAACGGCAUGCUGUCACUGCGCACACAUACAAACUGUGGCACUUGGACCCUGACUCACAGUAUCACAUUUCUGUGCUACUUACUCGCCCUGGGGAGGGAGGCACUGGGAGACCUGGACCAGCCCUCAUCAGCCGGACAAAAUGUGCAGAGCCCAUGCGAGCGCCUAAAGGCCUUUCAUGCACAGCUGAGCAGCCACGCCAGCUGACUUUGCACUGGGAAGCAGUCGGAUUCAACAUCACCCGUUGUCACACCUACUCUGUAACACUCUGCUACCACUAUGAAUUAAGCACACUGCAAGACUGUGUGACAGUGGAGGGAGGAGCCAGUCAUUAUACUCUCCGAGGUCUACCUCCAUAUAGUGCCAUCCAUUGCCGCCUUGUGAUUUCCAACCCUGAGGGAAGAAAGGAGGGCAAAGAGGUCACCUGCUAUACACAGGAAGAUGUUCCAGGGGCUAUUGCCUCAGAGUCUCUUGCCCAUACCGGUAUAGAUGAUGCCAUUCUGAUGUCUUGGGAUGAGCCUGCUGAACCUAAUGGGAUUCUCACACAAUAUGAGCUCAGCUAUCAAAUCAUUGAAUCCUCAGAUCCUGCUGUAACUGUGCCAGGACCACGUUCCACAAUCUGUAAACCUCCUAACGAAACAUCUCAGCUUCUCACGAACUUGCAUCCAGGAACUACUUACCUUCUUAGUGUACGUGCACGCAAUAGCAAAGGCUAUGGGCAAAGUGCUCUUACUGAGCUGACCACCAAUAUUUCAGCACCUGCGUUUGAUUACAGAGACCUACCUGCACCAAUUGCUGAAACUGAUCAAACCAUUACGGUUCUUUUAAGGCCCGCACAAGGAAGAGGAUCCCCUGUCAGUUUUUAUCAGGUGCUGGUUGAGGGUGAAAGUUCCCGCCGGUCUCGGCGUGAGCUUGCUGUCCCGGGCUGUUUUCCUGCGGCAGGUGGAUAUGAAGAAGCAGAAAUGGAGGGAGCCACUAGUUAUGUAGGAGCAGAACUUCCACCCAGUGAAUUGCCUCGGGACACUCCCUUUAUUGUCGGUGACAAUCGCAGCUAUGGAGGCUAUUGGAACCCGCCACUCGAUCCUCGGAAAGGUUAUCUCAUCUAUUUGCAGGCCGCCAGCCAUCAUCGUGGGGAAACACGUCUAAACUGUGUUAGGAUUGCCAGAAAAGCUCCCUGCAAAGAUAGCCACCGCUUCUCUAUGGCCCCACAGCAUUCAGAAGAGAUGGGACUUGUGCUUGGUAUCUGUGCUGGUGGGUUGGUUGUUUUCAUCAUCCUGCUUGGUGCUGUCAUUGUCAUUGUACGGAAGGGAAGAACUCAGUUUUCUUAUGCAUACUAUCCGAAGCCAAUGGGUUUGACUAAGUCUGCCCUGCCAGUGCGGCAUGAGAAUUCCUGUGCUGCAGUUCCUAGGGAACAUGCCAAGAUCACAGAUCAACCUAAGCUACUGCAGGAAGAGGCAGCACUAACAUUCUUACACAACUAUGGUUCUCGAGGGGAGCAACGUGUUGGCUCUGUGACGGAGUCAAGCAGCCUUCUGGGAGGGUCACCUCGGAGGAAUGGAGGCAGGAAAGGCUCUCCAUAUCACACGGGGCAGCUACACCCUGCUGUACGCGUGGCAGAUCUUCUCCAGCACAUAAACCAGAUGAAAGUUGCAGAGGGUUAUGGAUUUAAACAAGAAUAUGAGAGCUUCUUUGACUGGGAUGUGACUAAGAAAAAGGAUAAAGGAAAAGGAAGACAAGAACCUCCACCAAACUAUGAGAGGCACCGCGUCCGACUCCACCCUCUUCAGACGGAAUGCAGCUCAGAAGAGAUAAAUGCCAACUACAUUGAUAUCCGGAUUAACCGAGAAGGUUAUCACAGAUCAAACCACUUCAUUGCUACACAAGGUCCCAAGCAAGACAUGAUCUAUGAUUUUUGGAGGAUGGUCUGGCAAGAACACUGCUCAAGUAUAGUGAUGAUCACCAAGCUGGUGGAAGUUGGAAGGGUAAAGUGCAGCAAGUAUUGGCCAGAUACCACGGAAACAUAUGGAGAUAUUCGCAUAACUUUACUCAACACAGAAACAUUGUCAGAGUAUACAGUGAGGACACUUGCUCUGGAACGGCGUGGUUAUACUGCCAGACAUGAAGUAAAGCAGUUCCACUUCCUCUCAUGGCCAGAACACGGUGUACCAUUUCAUGCCACAGGGUUGCUUGCCUUCAUCCGAAGAGUCAAGUCCUCCACACCCCCUGAUGCUGGACCUGUUGUUGUACAUUGCAGUGCAGGAGCUGGAAGGACAGGCUGCUACAUCGUCCUGGAUGUAAUGCUGGACAUGGCGGAAUGUGAAGGGGUUGUGGAUAUUUAUAACUGUGUCAAAACACUUUGCUCUCGACGUAUAAACAUGGUUCAAACACAGGAGCAGUAUGUUUUUAUCCAUGAUGCAAUCCUGGAGGCCUGCCUUUGCGGUGAUACAGCGAUACCAAUUUGUGACUUCAAACAAACAUACAAGGAGAUGCUGCAGAUAGACACACAGAGCAAUUCGACACACCUGCGGGACGAAUUCCAGACCCUUAAUUCAGUGACUGCACAACUUGGUGUUGAAGAAUGCAGUGUUGCUUUGUUACCGCACAACAGAGAUAAAAACCGCAGUAUGGAUGUAUUACCGCCAGAUCGCUCUCUUCCCUUACUCCUGUCUGCUCAUGGAGAGGACACCAGCAAUUACAUUAAUGCUGCCCUUACCGAUAGUUACAAGAAAAGUUCACAUGUCAUUGUUACUGUACAUCCUCUGCAAAACACAAUCACAGACUUCUGGAGGCUAGUCUAUGACUACGGCUGUAGCAGCAUUGUCAUGUUAAACCAACUAAAUCAAUCUAAUUCUGCAUGGCCAUGCUUGCAGUACUGGCCAGACAGUGGAAUUUCCAGAUAUGGACCGAUGGAAGUUCAAUUUGUGUCUGGCUCUGUAGACGAAGAUGUCAUAACGCGCCUGUUCCGAGUACAAAACAUAACAAGGGAUGAACAUCUGCUGGUUAAGCAUUUCCAGUAUCUACGCUGGUCCCCUUACAGAGAUACUCCAGACACAAAAAGGUCCUUCUUACAAUUACUUUCUAUGGUAGAGCAAUGGCAGGAACAGAACAGAGAACACAGACUUCUUGUACAUUGCUUAAACGGUGGAGGUCGAAGUGGAACAUUUUGUGCCUGCGCCAUGCUCUGUGAGAUGAUCCGAUGCCACAGUGUGGUUGAUGUCUUCUACGCAGUGAAAAGUCUGAGAAACGUUAAACCAAAUAUGGUAGAAUCUUUGGACCAAUAUCGCUUCUGCUAUGAAAUUGCCCUGGAAUACUUGGAAUCAUAUGAUGCCAGAUAGCAUCCAUUUACGCUUGGAAGGCAACCACAUAGCCUUUGCCCUGUGGAAGAGGGACGUGCCAAUUGGAUAUGUUUAUUUUUUGGGGCCAAAAUCAAACACAAUUUAGUCACCUUCCAUAAUACAGUUUAAAAAUGGCUUCUCUUAACUAUCCCUACUGGACAAGGAUAGGGUUUAUAAUUGGAAGUCAUGAUAGUAGUUGCCUGUACAUAUUUACAACUGUACAUAUUGGUGUGAUUAUGGAAGGCAUAGCUCUGCUUCUCAAUUUGUGAGACUGAGAGCUCUUCACCUACUUGUAGUUGUUAUUAUGAGGGUGACUCCAACAAAUGAUGUUCAGUAGCUGAGGGUACAGUGCUACAUUACUAUUUUUCUCUGAUCUGCUGCAUUAAGCACUUCAUGAUGUCCUGCAGCUUGCAGUGUCUGCACUAAGGAAAUAUAUGGAAGAUCCGACACCUAGACAAAAGAAGAUCCAG